CUAUCAUCAUCCGGGCUGCGGUUGUCAAGGAUUCAGAGGUGGUGCCACGGCUACCCGAUUUUGGGAUUUCCAGAAGAAAAGAUCAAGGGGGAAUUAUCAAGAAUAGAUUCUUUUUCUGAAUAGUUAAACCUCAAAUGACCACAGCCUUGGCCCUUCAGACUCCAGAGAUGCAGGAGGGACUUAUAGCAGUGAAAGUAAAAGAGGAAGAGGGAGACCAUGCCUAUGGGCAAGAAUCUGGCCUGUCAAGAGAUAACCCUCACACCAGAGAGAUCUUUCGUAGACGCUUCAGACAAUUCUGCUACCAGGAGACACCUGGGCCCCGAGAGGCUCUUCGAAGACUCUGGGAACUCUGCCAUCAGUGGCUGAGACCAGAGAUGCACACCAAGGAGCAGAUCCUGGAGCUGCUGGUGCUGGAGCAGUUCCUGACCAUCCUGCCAGAGGAGCUCCAGGCCUGGGUGAGAGAGCACCGCCCAGUGAGUGGAGAGGAGGCGGUAACUGUGCUGGAGGAUUUGGAGAGAGAGCUGGAUGAACCAGGAGAGCAGGUCCCAGCCCAUGAUCAUGAACAGGAAGAGCUUGUGAAGGAGAAAGCAACUCUAGGAGCAGCCCAGGAGUCGUCAGGUGGCCAGCUCCAAACCUUGGAAGAGCAGCCUCAGUGGAACUUGCGAGGCGUGUGCCCGGUUCAGGAGAUUGAUGAUGAGGCUGGGACUUGGAAUGUGGAGUUAGCCCCAAAGAGGGAUCUGUCUAAAGAAACGAAAUCUCGUGUGGAAGUACCUGAAACAUUGAAUGGUGAUAUUAUUCCAGUGCCUGAGUGUGGAGAGACCUGUGACCACGAAGCCAGAUGGGAAAGGCAACGGGUAAGCUCUUCGGUGGAGAGACCCUAUAUCUGUGGUGAAUGUGGGAAAAGCUUCACCCAGAAUUCCAUCCUCAUCGAGCACCAGAGAACGCACACGGGUGAGAAGCCCUAUGAGUGUGAUGAAUGUGGGCGGGCCUUCAGCCAGCGGUCAGGCCUCUUCCAGCACCAGAGACUCCACACUGGGGAGAAGCGCUACCAGUGCAGCGUUUGUGGUAAAGCCUUCAGCCAGAACGCUGGGCUUUUCCAUCACCUCAGGAUCCACACGGGGGAAAAACCUUACCAGUGCAGUCAGUGCAGUAAGAGCUUUAGUCGACGUUCUGUCCUCAUUAAGCAUCAGAGAAUUCACACUGGAGAAAGACCUUAUGAAUGUGAGGAAUGUGGCAAGAACUUCAGUUACCACUGCAACCUUGUCCAGCAUCGGAAAGUCCACCCUGUGGCUGAAUCCAGCUAGCUCCUUGGAACAGGAAGAAGACUAGCUACAAGGAUAUACUUCUGAAAAAUCAGUGUGAACCCCAAGCUGGAGUGAAUCUUCUCCUGAGCUCGCUUAUUCCAGAAUGGCAGUCUUCUUGCAGGAAAGAUCUCUAAU